AUGCCUGUCGCCGUCACACCCCCUCCAGUUCUGGCUGCCCUUGAGGGCACAGCCUUGUUUUCGCCCCUUAAACUCGGCAAACUUGCACUGAAGCACCGUGUUGUUCAGGCUCCCAACACCCGUAUGCGAUGUGAUCGCGAGAGCAGGGGUGUUCAUGUUCCCGGUCCCCGGGUUGUUAAGUAUUACAGCGAUCGGGCAAGUGCCGGUGGUCUUCAGAUUACAGAGGCCACGGACAUCUGUCUCAAUGCCAGUGGUUACCCUGGUGUUCCUGGAGUCUUUACCGACUCCCAGCUGCAGGGCUGGAAAAAGGUCACAGACGCUGUCCAUGCCAAAGGAGGCUUCAUCUUCGUUCAGCUAUGGCACACUGGCCGGGCAUCUUCACCGGGGAUGCUUGGUGGACAAGCUCCCCUUUCCUCGGGAACCACCCCAAUGAGCGGAAGCUAUCUGGAUGGCAUGGAGACUAAGGACGGUCCUCCACGCGCCAUGACUAUCGAUGAAAUCCAUGAUAUGACUGCUGAAUGGGCUGCCGCCUCAAAGAGGGCUGUGGAACAGGCCGGAUUCGAUGGUGUUGAAAUUCACUCUGCCAACGGGUACCUCCUCGAGCAGUUCCUGCACGACAAUAUCAACCAGCGGACAGAUAGCUAUGGAGGAUCAGUUGAGAAUAGGUGCCGGUUCACUAUUGAAGUCGUUCAAGCUGUCAGCAAGGCCAUCGGUCCUGAGAAAACUGGUAUUCGCCUUUCGCCAUACAACUAUUUCCAAGACACCCGGGACAGUUGCCCAAAUGAUCAUUGGUCGUAUCUUUGCGAGAAAAUUGCGGCUCUGCCAUCUUCAGAGCGCCCUACAUACGUUCAUAUGGUAGAGCCAAGAUUUGACGAGGUCCUCAAUGAGGAGCAGAAACUAGCAUCACUUACUAAGGAGGCAAACGGAGAGAAAGCUGCCAGGGGUAACUCUCUCAUCAUCUUCAGUGACAUUCUCAGACCUGCCGGAGUAAACUUUCUGGCCUGUGGCAACUUCAACCGCGACAAUGCGAACCCUAAGUUGAAGAGCCAAGGUGCCGAUCUUAUUGUCUUCGGCAGGCAUUUCAUUGCCAACCCUGACUUGGUUGAUCGGCUCCGAAAUGGCUGGCCAUUGACAAAGUAUGACAGGGCCACAUUCUACGGUGCUGAGCCACCUGAGAAGGGUUACAACGAUUACCCUUUCUAUGAGGAAACAGUCAAGGCGUCAGCAUAG